UGAAACAACAGUAUCUCAUAAAAAUUAGAGAUGGGUUCUUCAAGGUUUUUAUGUCUAUUUUUGAUUUUUGCUUUUGCUGUUGCAUGCAGUGCUCGUGGCAUAACCACAGAUAAUUCUGAAAGUGUAGCAGUAGACAUAGACAAUAAAGGGCCAGACACGCAUCCAAACCCCCCUCCAGGACCACCCCCCCAUCUGAAGGACUCAUUGAUAAGGAGAGGCUUUGACGAGCCAUACAGACCCCCAACCCCUCCUAAGAUGGCUUCUUCAACUUUUUUAUGUUGCCUCUUUUUUGCUUUCAUUGUAGCUUGCUUUGCCCGUGACAUCCCUACAGAUAAUUCUGAAAGUCUGGUGGCAGAAAUAGACUAUGAAGGUCCACACACACAUCCAACCCCUCCACCCCAUCUCAAGGAGUCACUGACAUAUGUAGGAAUUAACGACCCUUACAAGCCAAGCCCUCCUCCGCAAUCUUCACCACAUCUCAAGGAACCGUUAUUACAUGCAGGCUAUCACAUCCCAUAUUUUAAAAUUUUCAAAUAAAUUUAUUAUACUUUAUAUAAUUUCUAAA